UGUUCGCACUCCUCUUGAUCCCUCCAAAAAAAAGAGCUCCGACGCCCCACCUCCUCACUAACCGCACUCCCACCUCCCGACCGACGCGUCGCCGUGCUGCCAUGCCCCCCUCCUCCCCGCGCCGUCGCGGUACCGUCCUUCCCACCCCACCGCGGGCCCCCUCCUCCAUGCGUUGCCGCGCCCCGCUCCUCUCCGCGCCGCCAUGCCCCCCUCCUCUCUGUGCUGCCGCGCCCCCCUCCUCCCCGUGCCGCCGCGGUCCUUCACCCCUGCCGCCGCGCCCCCCUCCUCCCCACACGAGCCAGCUCCCAUCCUCCUCGGCUCCCGCCCCCAACCGCCACCCCCCGGCUCCGGUAGCCGCCCCACCUGUUCCUACCGCGGGUCUGAUGGCGCGGAUCCGGCUGGCGUGGUUGGGAGGAGAGACUCACCGGGGUGGGUCUCCUCCGCCUCCGCCCCCAUGCCGCGAACCGCUGCCUCUGCCCCCACGCUGCCGGGCGCCGCCUCCACCCCCACGCCGCGGGCCGCCGCCUCCGCACCCCACACCGCGGGCCUCCGCCUCCGGCCCCAUGCUGCGGGACGCCACCUGCCUUCCCCCCACUGUCGCUUGCCGCCUCCCUCCCCAACAACGUCGCGGCUACCCCGUGUUUCCACCCCCUGCAGCUCUUUGCGCCGAGAUGGUCGCCCACAUUGUAUCGAUGCACCACUGCCGCGUGCAGGAAGUUCAACUCCACAAUCCGCGUCCGUUCUAUCUCGCUGCUGUUGGCGUGCCCCGCUCCAACUCCAUCGCCUCUGCUUCACUGGUAAAACAGUGCGACCUGAGGAACCACGGGGGUUCGAGGACGUCCAGCUCCGUAGUCCAAUUCGCUUCCUCCCAAUCCGCUUGAUCUCGUCUUGCUCCGAAGCAUGCUUCAGUUCGACAAUAAGCUCUAGAAAGGUUCAGAGUACUUUGCACUUCAGGUUGUGGUGGGUCGUGUGUUAUGAUGUGUUCAUCGCUAGUUCCUACAGAGACGUACUCUAUGUGGACUUUUCUGUUAUAGCUAAUUGAUCGAACAUAUCUCAUAGUGAUGUGGUUCCUUCUCUGUAUUUCUUUUGCUGUGGUGCACUACCAUAUUUGCAGAAAAAAUAAGUUCUUUUGUGAGAGAAUUCGGUCUGGAAUCAUGGGAAAAAGAGGAUACAUUGAACUGGCUUUUUAUGGUUUGUCCAAUCUAUUUAAUUUGGUAUGUGUAGAAAAGAUGUUAUGUCUACAUACUAUCAUCUUGUUAGUUCCGAAUACUAUCAUUCUGGUAACUUCAUAUGUUUUUGUUUUGAGAAGUGCAUAUCCCUCCAUGAAUACUAUCCUGGUGUCCUAUCCUCUUGAUAUGCCCAUGAGAACUGAUACAAUUUUUUCUGCAGGUUUCCUUGUUGAUUUAUGAGGGCUACACAAGUUUAAUUUUUACGGAAGUUGAACUCUAGGAUAUGGAGUUUGAUGGAUGUGGAGGUUCUGUCAAAUAUUUAUGGUUUAUGAAUUUUCUGAUUAAUACCAAGGAUCAGUGCCCUAGCCUAGCAUAUGAUAGAAAUGCCGGGUUGCAUGUCAGUGCAUACCUAUGGUCGUCGUCUUUGGACCAGGGUCCUUUUGUUUUGGUCUGGUAGCUUCUGGCUGCCCAUUCAUUAGUACUGGAGCAUAGCAUUCUGCGUUGUUUAAGCAAACAUUUAAAUUGUAUUACAAAUUGUUGUUCUUCCCUCUGUUCCACAAAAGAUUGUGUGUUCUUUUUUGAAUCUAUGUUAGAAAGAAGUGCAGAAAACAGUAGCAGAUAGAAAACAGUAGCAAAAGUUCAAAGUUCAAACUUUCAUCAGUCCAGUAUACAAAAAGCAACAAAAAGUUCACUCUAAAAAAACACCAGUAAUGUUAUGAUCUGAAUUUCCUUUGGCCAGUCUUUUUUAGUCUGUAGCAGAUAGAGUCCCUCCAGUUCACCGACGCCUGCGCCACCGGGUGCAGCCACUGUGAGGCGGCGCCAACAAGCAGUAUGCACGGGGGCGGAGCAGCCUUCCAGUGUGUUUGCUGGACAGGAACAAUGUGUUGAUGUCGAGAAAAACAGAGGCAAGGUUAGGGGAUUUUGUUUUUGUUCUGAAGUAUUUAUUUGCAUGCAUAAGUUUGAAGAUUGUCGUAGAGCGAGUUCAAGUGUGCUAAAUCACGACGGGCGGUGAGAGUUCAUUUAAAUCACGACGUCUGAAUCGGGGUCAUCCCCUGCCACCAUGCUCCUACAUGGCCGGGUGGUCAUGAUGAUUAGCAGUAUGUACACAAAACAUCAAUGUUUGCUUGAUGGCCAUUCCUGAUCUACAUACUUAGGUAAGAUGCAUAUACAUCUAUGCAGGUGUGUUGAUGAAUUGGUUUACUAGUAGAACCUUGUAAAAACAUUCCCACUUUACUGUAUACACGUAGAUUUUUGAAAUUACUGUCUGCUGAUGUGGCUCAUAUGCUUGAACUUACAUCUAUCAAAAAAAUGACAUGUUAAUUUCAUGCACGGCCGCCGCGGUCGUCACUGACGGUGAGAUGGUUGCUUGUGUGUGUAGGAGUACUAUGUAGUUGCAGAUUAGCUAUUACUCUCACUCGGCAUGGUUUGGAGGAGUGCUACCUAGUUGCACAUUGUAUCAGGUGUUUAUCUUACUGCUCUGCCGCUGAUUCUUGGACACAGUAUACUUUCUCGUAUGUUUCAUUAAAUAGAGCACAUAAAACCUAAGUAUGUACUCGGUAAUGUCAACUUUGUGACGCGUCUUCUUUCCUUUUAGGACCUGCACGAGUUUCGGCCAAGGAACCUUCAUCGGGCAGCAGGGUGUCCCCGGAGUUCUAUGCAACAACGGUCAUUGAACUCAGUAAGCCUUGCACAGAUAGCAUGUGCAAUGAUGAAUGCAUGAAGAUCUUUCUAGGUCCUGGCGACUGUGAGAAAGGCAAGUGCUUAUGGGGGUUUUGCGGAAGAAGAAAGGCUUAGCUUAACUGGCAUAGCAGUACUCAAAUCAGGUGUUGAUGUUGUGGAGGCUUUGGAUCUUUCCCUAGUUGCUUGACUCCAAUAAUAAUGCCUUUUGAGAUUGUACCAUUUUGUCAUCAUUUGGCCUUGUAUCGAACUUCUAGUCAUCUUGUUACAUCAGUUCAAAAGCAUAGAGGUGGCACUGAUGUAGCGAUCUUGUCUGCGACCACAUGGAUCUUGUUUUGUUUAAUGUUGUUUGAUGUUCGUAGAUACACGUAAAA